GUUGUAGAACUUGCCGUUUCGAGCGCCAUUGUUUUAGGUGGAGUUCUGCCAUACGUACCCCAGUAUCUGGAUAUUCAGAAAAGUAGGAAUUCAGAAGGUUUUUCAACUCUUGUCUGCCUCACUCUUCUCAUUGCCAAUGUUCUUAGAAUUUUAUUCUGGUUCGGCCACCCAUUUGAGACACCGCUUCUAGUUCAGAGUGUUUUGAUGAACAUUGUAAUGCUGGCUCUG